AUGGAAAGUCCUGUUUGGAAUUGGCAAAAAAAGGUUAAGAAAGGUUUCGAUAUUCCUGGUGAAACAAAGGAGCAUGGUUUUGGGAUCUUGAUUGUGGCAUUUGAUAUAGGCAAUGAGGUGUUUAGGGAGAUCUCUUUGCCAAACUAUCAACCUGAUGGGAGGCUUCAUACAAACACGGCUGUUACAGUAUUGGGUGAGUCACUUGCUGUAUUGGGUGAGUCAAAAUUGCACAAGUCCUCAAGUAGAUUUGAUAGCAUCAACAGAAGUGGAACCCCAAUCCCUCCUGCUGAUGGAUUCCCAGAGGGAAUCAGACUAGUAGCCACCAUGUCUGACCUGGGUGGUGGACAUGAGAACUUCUUUUGGGAGACUCAGUCAUGUGCUUUUUCGAAUUCGGAUGGUUUGGGUUGUAUCGGUGAAAAAUCUGGUGAGAAGCCGCCACCUGAUUCGAGGUUUAAUACUCAGACACCAACCGGAAAAGAAGUGGAGGAGGUGAUAGCGGUGGCACCAGGAAUGAAACAAGGUGGGGUUGGCAAUAAUGGAAAAGGGCGUGGUGGUGAGGCCAACGAAGGAAAAGGUGGUGGUGAGUCAGAUCAUGAGAUACAUAUAUGGACAGAGAGAGAAAGAAGGAAGAAGAUGAGGAACAUGUUCUCUAAGCUUCAUGCUUUGCUCCCUCAUCUCCCUCCCAAGGCAGACAAGUCUACAAUUGUGGAUGAAGCAGUGACCCACAUAAAAUCCCUACAGCAAAAUCUCCAAAAGCUCCAAAGGCAGAAGCUGGAAAGGCUCCAUGGCUUGACACCCAUGAACUUCGAUGGUCAAUCAUCCAUAAUCACCCCACAAAAGCUUCCCAUCGACUCAAGGGAGGCUUUCAUGGCCGAUCAAGUGUCUUCAAACAACACAAACUCAAACUCAUCCAAUGCACUGCCAGUGUCUCUCUCUCGGUUCCCUCCUCUAUUCCAGACUUGGACUUCUUCGAAUGUGAUCUUGAAUGUGUGCGGUGAUCAUGCGCAGAUCAGCGUGUGCUCGAUGAAGAAAGCUGGACUUUUCACUGCUAUCUGCUAUGUGUUGGAGAAGCACAAGCUAGAUGUUGUGUUUGCUCAUGUUUCAUCGGAUCAGAAUCGGACCAUGUACAUGAUUCAAGCCCAUGCAAGGAUAGCUCCAGAUCAGCUUCCAGAGGCAUUUCCAGUGGAAGAAAUAUACAAACAAGCAGCAGGAGAGAUAAUGGUAUGGGUCUUAGCUCCAUGA